AUGUCUGCCAACAAUGACCCAGAAAAGGCUGCAGCAGCAGCAGCUGAUGAGGUAGCACCAACGGAUCAAGUACCACCAGCUAACAAUGGUGAUGGUGGUCCUCAACAACAAGAUGCAUCGACAACCAAUGACACUACUACCACCAAUACGGGACAACCACCACAACCACAAGGCGUGCAACCUUCAUCCGAUAAGGAGAAUUUUCCCCGUGAGUCGACUGAAACGGCUGUGGGUGAUGCACCAGGCAAAAGCACGGAUGCUGAAAAGCAAGGAAUGAAAGCAACGGGUAGUAGUGCUCAACCAGAGAAAUUUCCACCACUCAAGGAAAUUCCAGUGGAGCAAUUGUACGAUCAUGAUCACUUUGAUUUAUCAAAGAUGGAAGCUACACAGCUCUUUUGUCUACUAGAAACAAGCACCGAUGGCUUGACAAGUGAAGAAGCUCAAGCAAGAAUUGACAAAUUUGGAUACAAUCGUCUCGAGCACAAGGAGCAAAAUCCCAUUCUUCAAUUUCUUGGAUUUAUGUGGAAUCCACUUUCAUGGGUGAUGGAAGCAGCUGCUAUUGUAGCUAUUGCCGUGUCGAAUGGUGGAGGUCGACCACCAGAUUGGCCCGAUUUUGUUGGUAUCGUCAUUUUGCUUUUGGCCAAUUCAAUCAUUGGUUUCUUGGAAGAGCGACAAGCGGGUAAUGCUGUUAAGGCGUUAAUGGAUGCAUUGGCACCUGAAGCCAAGGUGAAAAGGGAUGGCCAAUGGAAAACAGUGGAUGCCUCUGAACUUGUUCCUGGUGACAUUAUUAGCAUCAAGCUUGGUGAUGUGAUUCCUGCUGAUGGAAGACUUGUACGCGCCCAUGGUGAAGUAUCCAUUGAUCAAGCUGCAUUAACAGGCGAGUCGUUACCAGUAACAAAGGAAGCGGGUGAUGAAAUCUUUUCUGGAUCCACCAUGAAACAAGGCGAAGCUGAAGGCAUUGUCAUUGGCACAGGAUCCAAUACUUUCUUUGGCCGUGCUGCAAGGCUUGUGGGUGAAGCAGGUGAAGAUAUUGGUCACUUGCAAUCGAUUCUUGCCAAGAUUGGUAACUUUUGUCUCGUAUCCAUUGGCACCUUUGUUGUCAUUGAGAUCCUUGUCAUGUACGCUGCCUAUCGUUACGCGUAUCGACGUGGUAUCGAUAACAUCCUUGUAUUGCUCAUUGGUGGUAUCCCAAUUGCCAUGCCAACCGUGUUAUCCGUCACCCUUGCCAUUGGUGCCAAACAACUUGCCGAACACAAGGCUAUUGUUACACGCAUUACAGCUAUUGAGGAAAUGGCAGCCGUGACCAUUUUAUGUUCAGAUAAGACCGGUACUUUAACGCUCAACAAGCUAAUUGUCGACGUGCCAACUAUCAAGUCAUAUGCUGGUUACGAUGCCACCGAUAUUUUACGCUUUUCGAUUUAUGCAUCACGUGUUGAAAACCAAGAUGCCAUUGAUGCAUCCAUUGUGGGAUCAUUGCCACGUGAGAAAUAUGGCAAUCCACGUGAUGAUAUUGAAGAACUUGAAUUCAAGCCAUUCAAUCCAGUGAUCAAGCGUACCGAAAUCACCUAUCGCCUCAAGAGCAAUGGCAAGGUGUAUCGAGCCACCAAAGGCAUGUCCCAUUUUAUCCUUGAUUUGUGCACACGUGACAAGACCGAAGAGCAAGUACAGCAAAUGGAAGCCGAUGUCGAAGAAUUUGCGCGACGUGGUUUGCGUUCACUUGCAGUGGCUGUGGAUGAAGUACCAAGUGGCCAAGUGGGUGGUGAAGGUCUUGGGUUUAGAUUGGUUGGCUUGUUACCCAUCUAUGAUCCACCUCGUUCGGAUACUCAAGAUACCAUUGAACGUGCUAUUGCUCUUGGUGUUCAAGUUAAAAUGAUUACUGGUGAUCAAUUGGCUAUUGCCAAGGAAACGGGUCGGCGUCUUGGUAUGGGUGACAACAUGUACCUUUCUACAACGCUCAAAGAUGGCCCACCACCUGGCUCUGGUUAUUCAAAUGUUGAUGAGCUUGUCUUGGGUGCUGAUGGCUUUGCUGGUGUAUAUCCCGAACACAAGUAUGAAAUUGUCGAGCGUUUGCAACAUCUUGGCCAUAUGACUGCUAUGACAGGUGAUGGUGUCAAUGAUGCACCAGCCUUAUCAAAGGCCAAUGUUGGUGUUGCAGUAGCCGAUGCAUCCGAUGCUGCACGUUCUGCUGCUGACAUUGUGCUUACCGAACCUGGUUUAUCAGUGAUUGUGGAGGCCUUUAUUCAAUCGCGUCAAAUUUUCCAACGUGCACGUAACUAUAGUAUGUAUACAUGCGCUGUAACCAUUCGUGUGGUUGUGGGUUUUGCUAUCAUGGUCUUUGCCUUUCAAUUCGAUUUCCCACCCUUCAUGGUGCUUAUCUUGGCUAUGCUCAACGACGGUACCAUCAUGACCAUUUCAAAAGAUCGUGUCAAACCAUCACCUCAUCCAGACCAAUGGAAUCUCUUUGAGAUUUUCUCAUAUGCGAUCGUUUAUGGUCUCUACCUUGCAGCAUCUACCAUUGCCUUUUUUGCAACAUUGUACAAGACAACUUUUUUCAAUCGCAAGUUUGGAUUACAGACUUUUACAGAUCCCAACGAUCCUAUCUUGCAUUCAAUCAUCUAUCUUCAAGUAUCCACCAUUUCACAAGGCCUCAUCUUCAUCACUCGUUCUCGAAGCUGGUUUUUCAUGGAGCGGCCAUCUGUUCUUCUCAUGUGCGCUUUUAUAGUUGCACAGCUGGUAGCCACGUUUAUUGCGGUGUAUGCUAAUUGGGGAUUUACUGAUAUUCGUGGAUGUGGUUGGCACUGGGCUGGUGUUGCUUGGGUAUGGAAUUUUGUUUGGUUCUCUCCUCUUGAUUGGAUCAAGUUUGGUAUGCAACGCAUCUUUGAACCACGUCAACCUGGUUUGCGAAAGAAGCCAUCCAAGACACGACGUCGUUCUUCAAUCAUAUCAACCGAUACUUCGGCACGUUACUACUCUACACGUACACAAUCAAUACGCAACCUUGAACGUCCUCGCUUAUCUAAACAACAAAGCCGCUCACUUGCCCAACAACUUAGCUUACGAGCUCGUGGUCGUAAAGAAGCAGCCCCCACUACAGCAUCACAACCGGCAGUGCCAUCAUGA